AUGCCUCGCUUUGAAGAUGCCGACUUUGGCGUAGACGCCGCCCCCCGGGAUCCUCGUCCCAGUGAUGCCCAGGCCGCUCUCUCCCCGCGCGAGGGUCGUCACCCGUCCGGCCAGGUGAUUCCCAUGGAGGGCGGCACACUCGAGGUGCCUGCCUCGCGCAGCUCCUUGGGUGCUGCUUCUGCGAUGAUGCACCAUCUGUCUCUGCAGCCCUCAAUGCGGGACCGCCGUGGUUCGCGUAACUCCUUCGGCACAUCGCUCCCCAUUCCCCGGUCUCCGCGCAUGUCGCGCCUGUCUCGUUCUUCCAGACCCAGUGUCGUCCGCCGGGAUAUUCUCGCUGGACAGGUCCAGUCUCUGCAGUCCGACCUGGUCGAGAAGGUGAAGAACAUGGCGUUCGUCUUUGACAUUGACGGUGUGCUGGCACACGGUAAUGAAGCCAUUGAGGAGGCCAAGGUUGCUCUUCGUAUCUUGAACGGUGACAAUGAACUUGGUAUCCAAUUCCCCUAUAUUCUUCUGACCAACGGUGGUGGUAAGACCGAGGAGGCUCGCUGCGCGCAGCUCACUGAGGUCCUGGGCCACCCCAUCUCCACCGACCAAUUCAUCCAGUCCCACACUCCCAUGCAGGCUUUGUCUGAGUACUAUGACAACGUCUUGGUUCUCGGUGGUGAGGGUUUCAAGAUCCGUGAGGUUGCCGAGCAGUAUGGCUUCAAGAACGUCAUUCACCCCAAGGAUAUCGUCGCCUGGGACCCUACCAUCUCUCCCUGCCGCCGCUUCACCGAGGAGGACAAGAAGCUGGCCCGCCCCCGCGACUUCGCCAACUUCAAGUUCGACGCCAUUCUCUACUUCGCCGAGUCUUACGAUCAGAUGACCGAUUUCCAGAUCAUCUCUGAUCUUCUCAACUCGGACAACGGCCAGCUCCUCACCCGCGCUUCCAAGGAUCAAGAUCACAUUCCCAUCUACUUCUCCCAAGGUGAUCUUCUCUGCCCUACUGAGCACAAGGGCCCGCCCCGUCUCCACCUCGGUGCCAUCCGUCUCGCCGUUGAAGCUCACUACAAGGCCGUCUCCGGCAAGGAGCUUGAGCGUACCUUGUACGGUAAGCCCGAGCGCGCUACCUACAUCUACGCCGACGAGGUUCUCGCGGCCUGGAUGGAGGAGCUCUACGGCGAGAAGAAGUUGCCCAAGAACAUCUACAUGGUCGGUGACAACCCCGCCUCCGACAUCAUCGGUGGAAACAUGUACGGCUGGAACACCUGUCUCGUCCGCACUGGUGUCUUCCAGGGCGGCGAGAACGAUGAGCAGAACCCCGCCAACUUCGGUGUCUUCCCUCACGUUCUCGAUGCCGUCAAGGCUGCCCUCGCCAAGGAGCUUGGACCCGACUUCAAGCUCAAGUGGGACUCCAACAAGGCCGCCACCUCUGGCUCCGCUAUCGAGUAA